AUGGCUUCUUCUGGGCUCUGGGCAGUUGACUAUGAGGUUUAUGGGGAUGUCCAGGGUGUCUUCUUUAGAAAGUACACCGAAGAGCAGGGGAGGAAGUUGGGGGUGGUUGGCUGGGUGAAGAACACUGCUCACGGGACUGUGACCGGACAAGUGCAGGGUCCAAAGGAGAAAGUGGAGAUCAUGAAGAACUGGCUGCGCAGCGUAGGAAGCCCCAUGUCACGUAUCGACAAAGCUGUGUUCUCCAAUGAGAGGGAGAUCUCCAGGGUGGAGUUCCCGUCCUUCAUCACUAAAUACUAGGAUCAGCUGACUGGUCAGGCUUGGACGUCUAUCCGUAGAUACAUCAAGGGAUUUUUUUCCCCACAUAGAAGAAGACAGCACUAUACCAUCUUCCCCUGCUAGGACAGGCUCUGCUACUGCUGCUGCUGCUGACAUUAUGAAACCUAUCUCUAGGCCCCCACUGGAUCCUUGUUUGUGCCCAACAAGGAGUCAUGUGUAAUGCCCUUUGCUCACUUUGUUUAAGAGACUGCUAUUGUGUGGCUGAGGGAAAGAGAUGUGCAGUUGUGGGGGGGGGGGAGCUGUCCAACAUCUUCCUCCCCAGGGAACUUUCAGCUCCAUCCUCUGCAAUAUGUGUUCACGAGCACUGGCCAAUUGUUAGCAACCUCCUUUAGACUGACAUAAUAAAUGAAAGGUUUGUAAAUAACAGUUCCUCACCCUCUUAUUGGAGAAAGGCUGCCUCUUCUCCCUUGCCUCAAGUUCCAAUUGGCAAGAUGUUAGAUUAUUGUUAAAAAAAAAUACAAACCUCUAGGGGAGGGGUUGGGCAGAGUAAGGUGUAGGAAGGCUUUCAUAUUUGGUUCUGGUAAAUCUCCCCAAUAUCCCAGAGAAUGCGGAGUGGGUUAUUUUCUAACCUUUUAUUUUAAAUAGCAUGACAUAAGUUGAUUCCGACAACGUCUACCACACUCUCCCCAAAUUUCCUUGAGCUAGGAGAGUGAGGGGUGCAAUGAUGUAAUGUUUAGGCAGGCCUUCUCCUGAUGGAAAAUAAUCAGCUCUCAAAUGUUUGUUCACUCUUUACAUGGUAUCAUAUUUAAAUAAUUAAUAUACUGUUGUUCCUUUUCUGAACUAUGACUAUAAUGCAGAACCUGUAGGAAUUUGUGAAAGAGUUACAUUUCCUCAGAUUUAUGUCAGUAAUCCCAUCUAUACCUUUGUGAUACAAAAGAGGGUUCCCUCUAGUGCACAAUUUGCUGUCUGCAUCCCUGCCUACACUAAUAAAAACACUUCUGUCACUGCA